AACUAUAUUUGGAUGUACAAGCUAUUAAAAGCUUCUUGUACUGAGUGACCUUUCAGGCAGAAUUCAGAUCUAAUACUCACGCUGGUGCUGCCUGUUGCUGAGUGGAAGACAGCAGGAAAUCCUGGAUUCAAACCUCUAUUGGGUUUUUGUUUUGCUUUUGUUUCCUUUCAUUUUGCCUUAAGAAGAUGAACAAUGAAGCCGCAACCCUGAUAUCCUUGAAAGAGACGAUGAAAAGAGUAGACCACAAACUCCAAGCUUUAGAAGCACAGUUUAAAGAACUGGACUUCACCAAGGAUAAUCUGACACAGAAAUUUGAACAUCAUAGCAAAAUGCUGGUAAGCCAGGCAGCCCAAGAUGAGCUGUGGACAGCAGUUCUGGCACUCAAGUUCACUUCAAUGGAAUUAAAUAUUAUAUACAGCUAUGUCGUGGAAGUACUCAUCUGCUUGCACACUCAUGUGCUUGAGAAGCUGCCAGACCUGGUGAGAAGUCUUCCUACCUUAGCCUCCGUCCUUAGAAGAAAAGUCAAGAACAAGCGCAUUAGAGUCGUAUGGGAAUCUGUCCUGGAGGAGUGUGGGCUGCAAGAAAGAGAUAGCACAGCACUUUGUACCUUCUUUAUUGCACAUGGUAACAAGGCAGAACACUACAGUGCCAAAGUGAGACAGAUGUAUAUCAGGGAUGUCACUUUCAUGAUCACCAACAUGGUAAAGAACCAGGCUCUGCAGAAUGCUUUGCUGAUGGCUGUCCAGCUCAUUGAGAAGGGGAAAGCAGUGACAGCCCCUGGAGAGCAAAAGUCAUCCCUAAAAGAGUUGAUGCCAAUUGUCAAAAACUAACCUGUUCCCUUAUGACAUAGCAAUUCCACUCACAGUAAUUUAUCUUGCAAAUGGGAAAAAAUAUGUAUAUACAAUUUUGCUAUGGACUUACGGUAUUUUUAUUAUAGCAAAAGUUGGGAGAGUAUUAGAGAAAUUAUGAUAAAUUGAUACAAUGGAUAUUUCUGUAUAGUCAUAUAAAAGAAUGAAGAAGCUCUUUGGGUUUGGUUCAGUAGAUAGAGCGUCUGCCUGUGGACUAAAGGGUCCCAGGUUUGAUUCUGGCCAAGGGCACAUGCCUAGGUUGUGGGCUCGAUCCACAGUAGGGGGCGUGCAGGAGAUAGGCAAUCAGUGAUUCUCAUCAUUGAUGUUUCUUCCUCUCUCUCCCUCUCCCUUCCUCUCUGAAAUCAAUAAAAAUAUAUUUUAAAAGUAAAAAUAAAAUAUGUAUUUCCAAAAUGUAUUGUUACAUGGAAAAAGGGACAAACACAUAUGUAUAUAUACACAUACAUAAGCUAAUAUAUCCAUAAACUUUAUAAACUUCUUCUGGAGAGAUACAUAAGAAUGUGAGAACAUUGGUUGUCUUAAGGAAGAAAACUACGAAGCUAGCGGGUCAAAAAUAGGAGGAAAUCUUGUUAAUGCAUAUAUACAUUUUGAAUUUUGAAGCAUGUAAAUGUAUUAUCUAUUAAAAGACAAAACAAU